AUGCAUUUCUCUUCGCCACUUCUUGCUUUGGUACCAUCCCUCUCAUUUGCAUUCGCUGCCCCAACAGCAGAGAACGUUGACAACACGCCUCUACUCCCACAUGGUCUGCCUCAUCCCAGUCCGGAGCAGCUUCAGCAGAUAGAGCAAGCCGCCCAUGGCACACUUCCCGGCCUACCUCUGCCCACCAACGUCAGCGCCGCGGGGAUCACAAACCUGCAACUGCUCGCCUUCCAAGAGCACGUUGAGGUUGCUUUCUUCGACCAGCUUAUUGGGAACAUCAGCCGGAAUGUUCCUGGUUACGUAUUCAUCAAUGAUGCUGAGCGAGAGUUUGCCCUUCGGAGCCUCAUGGCCACCCUCGCGCAAGAGGAAAUACACGCUCUUACAGCCAACAAUGCCCUGCAACACUUCGGCAUCCCAACUAUUGAGCCGUGCCGCUACUGGUUCCCUGUCACGAACAUCGAUGAAGCCAUUGCUCUGGCUACCACCUUUACCUCUCACUCGCUUGCUACCCUCCAGGACAUUACAGAGCGCUUUGCAACUCACGGCGACGCGGCCCUUGCGCGGAUCAUGACGGGCAUAAUCGGCACCAAGGGCGCCCAGCAAGGAUGGUUCCGGACCUUCCAGGACAAGUACCCCGGCGAGGUCCCGACUCUGACAACAAGCGAUGUCGACUUCGCCUUUACCUGGGCGAACAGCUUCGCCCUUCCCGGCACCUGCCCCAACCUCGGAGACAUCAAACUGCGGAUCUUUGAGCCUCUUGAGAUCAUGACUCGCCCUGAACCCCGCACACACAAGAUUCAGAUCUCUUGGAGCCACGGUUCCGACGAGUCGAAGGAAAGCCUCCUGUGGGUUGCAUACAUCAACCAGCACAACGCGCCCAUCGUUGCCCCGCUGCAGGUUGUCGCUUGUGACGGGCACAAGUCAACUGCUGAUGUCGUUGUCCCAUUCGACGAUUUCCUCAUGAACGGGCUGACGGUUAUGGCUGUUGUAAAUCGCAGGGGACCAUUUGCCAAUGCCGAGGCAGUGGCUCGAGCGACAGUCUAUGGCCCGGCUUUGUUUAUUGUGCAAUAG